AGGUUAGGUUUGUUUUGAAGUUUAAAUGGUUGGUUUAUUAAGAUUUAAAUCCCAUAAUGGCUGAUUUUACGAAUACUCAUCGAUAUUUCAUACAGUACAUGUUAAAACAUGGUAUAGCAACAAUUAAUAAUGCCAUGGAAUAUUGUCGUCACGUCAGUAGAGGUGAAAUCAAUGAUCAGUCAGAAUUUAAAGACUUUGUGUUGGAUGUAAAUAGGGAAAUAAAGAAAAAUUCGUUUAACCUAACAUUCAAAACUUGCGAGGUAACGAAAGAGAAAUUUUUGGUAUGGCAAACCUUGAAGAACGAUAUUUCUCUAUUGCAAAUAAAAUUUUCGGCAGUGGAUAUAGAAUAUUUCCACUCGGUAUUUCAAGAAAUUUUACGUAACGAAGAGCAUCGAAUAAAACAAAACGAAGCUUUAAAUUUGUCUUCCAGCCUAACGUCACGUUUGUCCCUUGAAAAUGCUGAAAAAUUACUAAAAACAUUCGUGCAAAUUGGUUAUUUCGUUAGUAAGGAUUCUUGUAUAUUCCUUGGACCCAGACUUAUUUUAGAGUUUACUUCGUACCUCCAGUCGCAUUUCACAGAUUCCAUUUGUCCACUUUGUUCUGAAUUAGUGUUUUGGGGAAAAAGCUGCAGAUCAUGCGAAAAAACUGCACACAUCUACUGCCUCGAAACGUACUUAAGGAACCAGAAAGACUGCCCCAAUUGCCAUGUCGCUUGGAGCACUCCUAUGGAAGUUGAAGAGAAUGGCGGUUCUGAUUCAGAUAGUUCAACUGAUUAAUUG